UGCCCGUCCCCUUUUCACGCCCGGGACGCGCAGCCCAGCCCGGCGAGCUCCGAGUCUCCGCUGCCGCCCUCCCUGGUCGGGUCACAACCGGAGCAUGGAAGCCGGGGAGCCCCGGGAACCCCGUGAGCCCGGGCCGGGGGCAGAGACCGCCGCGGCCCCGCGCUGGGAGGAAGCCAACGCUUUCUCCGACAAACUCGCGCCCAAGAAGAAACCCAAAUCGCCCAAGCCUCAGAAUGCAGUCACCAUUGCUGUGUCCUCCCGCGCCUUGUUCCGCAUGGACGAGGAGCAGCGGAUCUACACGGAGCAGGGCGUGGAGGAGUAUGUGCGCUACCAGCUGGAGCACGAGAAUGAGCCGUUCAGCCCGGGGCCGGCCUUCCCCUUCGUGAAGGCUCUGGAAGCUGUGAACAGGCGACUUCGGGAGUUGUACCCUGACAGUGAGGACAUCUUCGACAUUGUCCUCGUAACCAACAACCACGCUCAAGUGGGUGUCCGUCUCAUCAAUAGCAUCAACCACUAUGACCUGUUCAUCGAGAGGUUCUGCAUGACGGGUGGGAAUAGCCCCAUCUGCUACCUCAAGGCCUAUCACACCAACCUCUACUUGUCAGCUGAUGCGGAAAAAGUUCAGGAAGCCAUUGAUGAAGGGAUCGCAGCUGCCACCAUCUUCAGCCCCAGCAGGGACGUGGCCGUGUCCCAGAGUCAGCUGCGCGUGGCCUUCGACGGGGACGCGGUGCUCUUCUCGGACGAGUCGGAGCGCAUCGUCAAGGCCCACGGGCUGGACAGGUUCUUCGAGCACGAGAAGGCCCAUGAGAACAAACCCUUGGCUCAGGGACCUUUAAAGGGCUUUCUGGAGGCUCUGGGUAGGCUGCAGAAGAAAUUCUACUCCAAGGGCCUGCGGCUGGAGUGCCCAAUCCGCACCUACCUGGUGACGGCACGCAGCGCGGCCAGUUCUGGGGCCCGGGCUCUCAAGACCCUGCGCAGCUGGGGCCUGGAGACAGAUGAAGCCUUGUUCCUUGCGGGGGCGCCCAAGGGCCCCCUGCUCGAGAAGAUCCGCCCACAUAUCUUCUUUGAUGACCAGAUGUUCCAUGUGGCUGGGGCUCAGGAGAUGGGCACAGUGGCUGCCCACGUGCCUUACGGUGUGGCCCAGACACCCCGGCGGACUUCACCUGUGAAGCAGACCCCAGCGACACAGCAGCCAAGCUGCCAGCCUCGCUGACCCUCAGUGCUCCCGGCGCAGCUCCCUGUCACACUUCGACAUGUCAUCCAGUGGACUGACCCUCCUAGUCCCUUACCACACUGCCUUGCUGCAUGUCUGCCCUCAUCCCUGAGUGAGGUACUGGUAGGCAGUCAUGAAGACUCGGCUGGCAUUCUCACCAGCUCUCAUUCCGGGCCAGCUCUGGGCCACGACGCUGGCCAGGAAAGUAAGACUGUGGCUCACUUCAGGGGGAAGUGGAUGGCACUGGGCAGGGGAGGGUCCAAGGAGCCAGGAUGCCUGCAAAGGGCCCCGGGGGUGGAAUCCAGCCCCGUAUAGUUCGAAGAGCACUGAGUCGAAAGAGAGGGGAUCUGACCGCUGUGCUCCAUCCUGGCAUAAAAUGCAUGACUUUGACCAAGUCCCUCCCCUACGUGGGCCUCAGUUUCCCCAUCUUUUAGGUGGUUUUCAAACUCUCCUUUAGCUAAAGAAGCUUGGUUUUAUAAGAUUGUCCUCUUUGAAGGAAGCGUUCUGUGCCAAGGCUGCUGCUGGUCUACACAGCACCUUUGUGCAGAUUACACAAGGACGCUGUCUCUAGAGUGAAUUACGCAGAGAAGGCCCUUGCUCUGGGCUGGCCGUAUCCACGCUGGGCACACAGCCUGCCCAGCAGGAUGUGAGGGGGAUGUCAGCCCCCACUAGGCUCCUCAGCCCAGAGGCCUUUGUCAACUGGGCAAAAUGCACAAUCAUCCACAGCAACCCCACCUAUAAUUUUACCCGUUUGGAAACCACUGGACAAGAUGACCCAUUUGCUUCCUGCGAUCCUCUAAUCUGUCUCAUCAGGGGUCAGCUGCUGCCAGGUAGGGGGUGUCUGUGAAAGGAGUGAAGGAGUGGAUUAAACCUGCAUGCAAACUCCGGUCCAGCCAGCAGGGGGCACUGCAGGCACUUCCGGGGGAGCAGAUUUAGUGGCAGCCUGCUCGGUGCUUCCAUUGCAUUUGCUUGUAGCCAAAGUUUGGUUCCUGCCUGCGAAGCCUCUCACCUCAACUCUCACUCCUUAAUUAUUGCAUCCUGCUGUGUCACUGAGCAGCCCUGCCAGCGAGGGGAAAGGUGGAGUAUCGGGGUUUACUGCUGUGGGCCCAGGGGCCGAGAGCUCAGUGGGUGAAGUGGGAGGUUGUCCAGGCUGAGCCUGAGGGAAGGAAGGCCUUUCUGGGGUGAUGUGUGGUGUGUGAGAGGUCUGGUCUGUGGCCGUGGCCAGUUAGAGAAGAAAGGAGCUGAAAUGUGCACUAGAAGCUUCUACAGCUAUGAAAUUGUGAGUGGAAGUAAUGAGCUCUCCAUCACUGGGAUGCGUGCAAGGGACACUCAUGAGUCCUGCACCCUUGCAGGAGCGCCUGCAGCCCCUUUGUCACCACUUCCAGGGUAGAAUUCUCACUGCUUGACGAGUCAGCCUCCUCCUUUGGUGACCAGCCCUGUUCUCUCUGGAGGAAUGGUGGGCACCAAUGGCUGGUCCCUUGGGAAGACCUAGGGGUGUGAACAGACAUCUCUACAAGUGGGGACUGAUUGCCCAGUUCCUGGGGGACUCCUAGCUGUGAUCAGGUGCUUUGUGAAGAAAGCCGAAGGUACUGUCAAAGUGGGCAGGAGCCUGGAGGUGUGUGUGGGAGAGGGGGGUAAAGAGCCAUCCAGGGUGUGACCUUUGUCCUUUUGAGGAUGCACAGGUUCUGGGCAGAGCAGGUAGGGCAGUCGUUGCAGAAGGAUCAUCCGGGAAGGAGAAAAAAGUGCGAACACAAAGAUGGUUCUUGAAAUGAGCAAUAGUUCGGCCAGAACUGAAGUGCUUGGCUGGGCUUUUGCCAUCAGCGCCUGGAGGCGGGUACUGGGGUGGAAGGGCAAGGCUGUGCGGAGUGCCGGGGCGGAUGCCCGGCACUGACCACCAUAUCGGGGAAGGGCAGGUGAUGAGGGUAUCUGCAUAGGGUCCUUUUCAUCCACAGCCACAAUCUUUUGGGGCAACAGUGGAGGCUUUCAAGGCAGAGGGCCUGUUUUUGAGCUCCUUCCUCUACGCAUGCUCCAAACCAGCCAGAGAUAUUAUGAGACCUAAGGGGAAAUAAGAAGGAAGUCAGAGAGCUCAACCCAAGUCACCUUUGAUCUCGGCUGAACCACAGACACAUCUGCCCGCCAUCCCCUCAGUCAGAAUCGCCCCCUUGGAUGAGCCUCCAGGGCUCCCAGAGCCAGCCGGUAGCCCACAGACUGGUGGGUAGGCUAUGCGAUCAGGGUGGACAGUGUGCCCUGUGAAAGCAGACCAGAUGUCGCCUAAUUAAGAUAAACCCAGGGAUUCUGGGAACUUCGAAGUUCUGCCCUGGGGCCUUAGUGAUAAAUGCUGCUGAUUCUUCCAAGUCUCUCUGGAAGCCAAAGAUAAGGUGCAGUAAAAGCCUGGAUCACAAUGGAGCCACCAUUAAUAGGCACAGACAGGCCUGGGCAAUGAGAGACAGGAGGGUCCAAAUUCUAUUACUGAAGCCAUAAAUGAGCAUCUCAGGUCUGAAGGAAAAAAAACACACCAAACUUUCAGAGAUUGGAAUAAAGGUCGGAAGUUCUGAGGGCAGGUUUAGGCAGCAGCCAGACACAUCUGAUUGUUUCAAGGGCUGAGGGGAAGCAUUCACCAGGCAAAUUAAAAAGCCAGGUGGGCACUAAAGUCUCAGACCCCACAUGCUCUGCAGUACUGGUCCCAGACACCGUAGCUCCUGGCAGCCUAGACCCCUGCAGCCAAAAGCAUCGCAGCCCAGCGGGUCUUGCAGAACUUGUCCCAGGAAAGGCUUGCAACAAAGUCCCAGGCCCACUGGAAACUGCCACCUAGCAGAAAAACAGAAGCCCUAAUAUAAGUAAGCCCUGAGACUGCUAAGAUUGCAAGACACCCCUCUCCCCUUCUCGAGAGCCCUAUCAGAAUGGUGAGGGUAUAGCAGAAAAUGCCAGAAUAAAUCAAAACUAGUAAGAAAUUCAAAUCCGAGAUGGAUCUGGCAUUAUAAUGAUAUUCAACUGGUGUGCACCAGUCGGGCUAAACUGGUGCUUAAAAUACUGAAAUGUCUUCAGAAUGUUGGUAAAUGGCUCUGGACUUAGUCCCUGAGUGGGUCUGAACGAUUGCCCUGGUCCCUCCACUGUGACUGCUCCCUCUUCCCACCAUCCAGUUAAAGGGGCAUCUCAGGCAGCUUCCAGGAGGCUGCUGCUGCAAAACGGCCAGUGGUGCCCCUGCUGGUUCAGAGAAGUAAGCAAGUGCCCAGUCACAUAGCUCAUAAGUGGCAGCACAGGAGCUCAAGCCGUCGCUGGCUGGCUGCCCAGGCUUCCAAUCAUUUUGCCCCAAGGCCCAGACGUGUGCAGAGAGGUGACAAUAGAAGAUUCAUAACAAAGUAGUUCACCAACAGCCUGUUAACUCACUGACCUCCUGCAUGUUAAAAUGCUUAAUAUACGUAAGUGGGUACAUUUUUAAAAUAGCUUCCUAAACAGCUAAGACAAAUUGAAAUUAGAGUCAGAUAUUAACAGAGCCUUUAAGCACCUCAACACCCCCAAGUUCUGAGGAACCCAGUUUAAAGACCCUGAAUUGGGCUAAUUCAGGGUUGGUAGACCAUGGUUCCUUGGGUCAAACAGAACCCACUACUUGUUUUUGUAAAAAUAAAACAAAAAACAAAACUCUUUUAUUGGAACACAGCCAUGCCUCUUUGUUUAUAUAUAUCAAUGGCUGCUUUCACACUACAAUAGCAGAGGUGAAUUAUUUCAACGGAGAUCGUGAAGCUGAAAAUAUUUAUCUGGCCCUUUACAGAAAAAGUCUGCUUUCUCUGUAAAAGCAGAACCCAGGGGCUCGGGCAAACCCCCUCAGCUUGCUCAUCAGUGGGAGAGACCAGCUCACACGCACCUAAGCACUCGGAGGCAGAGGCUGACUCCCCUGACGAGGGGGCAGCACGGGGCGCUGAGGGGAGCUACUGCACAUCUGUGAGCGUUGCUGGGGCUAGGGAGUCCCACAGGCACCAGCUAAGUACCUCGAUGUUAAACACAGCAGACCCUUGCUUGUCAUGUGAGGAGCUGAGAUUUCGAGUUUUGACUACUUUCAAGUGACCUGUAGCUGGUUGUAGUUCAAAAUGUGGUUGAUGCACAGAUUUGACUUGAGUGUGCCCCCCGGCUGAUGGGCCAGGGGCAGGGAGCAGGGCUCCUGUCUAGGGCUAAGCCCAGCUGGUUGUCCAGCAUCUGCUCAGGGUGGCUUUGUUCUUGAUUUGUCACUGCCUUUGUGGGGCCACUUGGGAAUGAUGGACACCAGUGGGUGGAUGGGCUUUCGUUAAAUAUGAAUUUCGGGUAAAGUGAAGUGCCCAGCGUGGACUUCAGUGCUCAGAUCUGACAGGUCAUCCAUCGCUCUCUGCAGAAGCAAAAACAAGCUCUUCACAAGGACGGUCCCUAUGAGGCCUUAGUUGGCUCAGGAGUCACUGAUCAAGUGAGAGCGAAAACUCCAGUGAAAACUGGGAUGGCAGUCUUCUUGUGCCGUGAGGUGUGGGCAAGAAACACACCUACCUCAUGAUAGAAUUGUGGAGCAGGAGAAAUCUGCACAUUUACGGGUUUACCAAGGUUCCAGGAUCCAUGGCAAGAACACGUUCGGGAGCCGCCCUACCUACAGCCACGGUUGCUGUCGCUGUUCCAUCAUGAUGCCCCUCCGCUAAGCCCAGGCAUCCUGGGCGGUCCCUACCAGUGCGCUGGAGUGGGCAUGAGACGAAAACGUAUUUUGCCAUCUGCAUUGGAUAAUGGGUGGGGCAUGCAAGACCAUGAAUGCUUAUUUUCCGAUGCUGUAGUGCGACUCCGAGAUUACCAGGGUCUCACCCCACUCUCGAAGAACAGGAAGAGGGAGAACGGCAGGCGGCGGCUUCCGGGGGAGUGCGGCGAAGCAGUGUUCCAGGUUUCACUCGCUCUCCAAGCGAAGUGCAAACACCCCUCUUGCCAGUAGGUGGCGCUGCAGACGCGCACUCAGCUGUUCGUGGUGGUAGUUGAUAGUGGUUUUGUUUACUGGUUACUUUCCUCUCCUUCCAUAGUACUUGGUGCUGUGUUGGACUCUCGCAGGUAGCUUAGCCAAAGAGUAUUGUACUUUAGAUGCUCUGAAAGUGUUUGUUAAGUGUACCUGUCUGAGGUGCUAAUUGCUCUUACCAACAAUUGUGGUGAUGUGUAUGGACACACUCAGUGUGCGUCACAGGAUAUAAACUGUGCCCGUGUUUAUGUAGGUGUGUGUAUCGGGUAGGCUAUCUCUGCUGAGUUAUCGUGUGUGUGUGUGUGUGUGUGUGUGU